AUGACAGCAGCCACGAAUGGCUUCUGCGCAUUCCGCAGUGAGAGAAGCGACCCCUCCCUGGGUGGCAAGUUGUUGGGGGCCAGCCCUGACGAAGUACGGCAGAUAUGUGAGAUGGCCAAGAAAUAUCCGGGUCAUAGUUCGGAACCGGGAACAGAGUGCGCUACUCCAGCAGCGUGCCCACUGUGCCACGGCGUGUGGUGCAAUGGAACAAUGCAGUCUCUCGCUCAAGUUACCAAUGAGACAGAGGCCACAAAAGAGGUCUAUCCCUUGGAGAAGGACAAUGAGACCGAAAAGACUUGGCCGAUGACAGAUUCAGCCAGUGGAUAUUGCGCGUACCCCAGUGAGCGCAGUGAUCCUGAGCUUGGCUCUGAGAAGCUGGGUGCUGCCCCAACCAGCCCGGAAGAAAUCUUGAAGGCUGCCAAUGAGACAGAGGCCACAAAGGAGGUCUAUCCCUUGGAGAAGGACAAUGAGACCGAAAAGACUUGGCCGAUGACAGAUUCAGCCAGUGGAUAUUGCGCGUACCCCAGUGAGCGCAGUGAUCCUGAGCUUGGCUCUGAGAAGCUGGGUGCUGCCCCAACCAGCCCGGAAGAAAUCUUGAAGGUCUGUCAGAUGGCAGAGAAGUAUCAAGGUCACAGGGCUGUCCCGGGCACAGAGUGUGCUACCCCAACCACCUGCGGUGGCUGCAAUGGCGUGUGGUGCAAUGGUACCGUGAUGUCCUAA